AUGAGCCAUGACUGGGACAACAAGGACUACGGCAAAGGCAACGGCAAAGACAACGACCACGGCCACGGCAAGGGCAACAACAACGGUGGCGGCUGGGGCAAUGGUCACGGCAACGGCAACGGCCACGGAAAUGGCAACGGCAACGGUGGUCACGGACACCCUACUCCGAUUAUCUCUGCCAGUGUCCCUUCCACUGCCGUCAACACUGCGGCCGACGUCCAGUACACCUCGACUGCCAGCGCCGAUGUGGCUGCCGCCGCCGCUACUGCCAAGACCGAGUCUCCUACUUCUCACGUCAAGGGCAAGGUCUUCGACCGCAUCAUGCAGGUCUAUCUCGAGACCACCGCCUACAACAAUUCCAUCGCCGACCCCAACUGCCAGGCUCUGAUCAACCAGGGUAUCCUGCUCACUGAGAUGUACGGUAUUGGCACUCCUUCUCAGCCUAACUACGUUGCCCCCGCCAGCGGUGACGACUUCGGCACCAACAGCGAUUCUUUCCUCUUGGUUGACAAGAACGUCUCCACCAUUGUCGACCUCCUCGAGGACAAGGGCAUCAGCUGGGGUGACUACAACGAGGGUCUCCCCUACACCGGCUUUGAGGGCUUCGAGUACGACAACGAGGAGGAGGGUGACUACGCUCGCAAGCACAACCUCCUCGUUCGCUUCGACUCCGUUACACUCAACCCCGACCGCCUGGCCAAGAUCAAGAACCUGACUCUCUUCUACGAGGACCUCGAGAACGACCGCCUUCCCCAGUGGCUGUUCGUCACCCCCAACCUGUACAACAACGGCCACGACACCAACAUCUCUGUCUCUUGCAACUGGACCCGCAGCUUCGUCGAGCCUCUCCUCCAGGACCCCAAGUUCAACGACGGCCGCACCUUGGUCUACAUCACCUGGCAGGCUAACGGCCAGUACCCCCUCGAGCGCAACCACGUCGCCGGUAUCCUCCUCGGCUCUGCCGUUCCCAAGGAGCUCGUCGGCACCAAGGACAACGCCUUCUACAACCACUACUCCGAGCUUUCUUCCGUCCAGGCCAACUGGAAUCUCCACACCCUCGGCCGUUGGGACGUCGGUGCCAACGUCUGGAACUUCGUUGGCUCCAAGACUGGUGACAAGAUCCGCGACUACGGCGGUGUCUUCAGCAGUGACUCCAAUACCUCCCACUUGUACGUCGCUCCCAACCUGGACAUCCUCGGUGGUGGCUACCGUUCCAUCCUCCCUGCCAUUGCCAAGCUCUGGUACGGAUCCCGCCUUCCCGACUACUACAAGAACAUCAUCGAGCUCCCUGAUGCCCUCCACCCCCCUAAGGGCUACGAGGUCACCAUUGGUCUCACUCCCCCUGAGCCCAUUGAGACCCCUAUUCGCGUCUACUCUGCUUAA